CUCCGUCGACCUGGAAAUGACGCUCAGCCGCUAUCGCGUCUGCUGCUGCUGCUGCUGCUGCUGCUAGAAAAACGGGCUGGAGAGUAAACAAGCCCCUGCUGAUCCGUCUCGCCGUCUCCAUCUUUAAAGGGCCGUCGCACAGCGAGGAACAAGAUGGGGGCGGUCCUGGGCUUGUGCUCCUUGACCAGCUGGAUACCAUGUUUGUGUGGUAGUGCCCCCUGCCUUUUGUGUCGAUGCUGUCCCAGUGGAAAUAACUCCACCAUAACAAGGUUGAUAUAUGCACUUUUCUUGCUUCUUGGAGUGAGCGUUGCAUGUGUGAUGUUAAUACCAGGAAUGGAAGAACAACUGAAGAAGAUUCCUGGGUUCUGUGGUGGCCAGGUGAAUUGCGAUGUUCUAGUAGGGUACAAAGCAGUGUAUCGUGUAUGCUUUGGUAUGGCUAUGUUCUUCCUCUUGUUUUCCUUAUUGAUGAUCAAGGUAAAGAGCAGCAGUGAUCCAAGGGCAGCGGUCCACAAUGGAUUCUGGUUUUUCAAGUUUGUCACAGCAGUUUCAAUUACAGUGGGAGCAUUUUUUAUUCCAGAAGGACCCUUUACAACUGUAUGGUUUUAUGUAGGCAUGGCUGGAGCCUUCUGCUUCAUUCUUAUUCAGCUGGUUUUACUUAUUGAUUUUGCCCACUCUUGGAAUGAAUCGUGGGUUGAGAAAAUGGAGGAAGGAAACUCAAGAUGCUGGUAUGCAGCAUUGCUGUCUGCCACAGCCCUAAAUUAUCUCCUGUCUCUGGUGGCAGUUGUCUUAUUCUAUAUCUACUAUACUCAUCCAGAAGGCUGUUCUGAAAAUAAGGCUUUUAUCAGUGUCAACAUGAUGCUGUGUAUUGGAGCAUCUGUAAUGUCAAUUUUACCCAAAAUACAGGAAUCACAACCAAGAUCUGGCUUGUUGCAAUCAUCUGUAAUCACAGUUUAUACAAUGUACCUUACUUGGGCAGCAAUGACCAAUGAGCCAGACAGACAGUGCAAUCCGAGUUUGCUGAGCAUAAUUGGAGAUAAUUCCACCAGCCCUCCAGGCGAGGGUCAGCUUGUACUUUGGUGGGAUGCCCAAGGGAUUGUGGGGCUCAUUCUGUUCUUACUGUGUGUUCUCUAUUCAAGUAUCCGAACAUCUAAUAACAGUCAAGUAAACAAACUUACCCUGACCAGUGAUGAGUCAACGCUGAUAGAAGAUGGACUUCCUCGGAGUGAAGGCUCCCUUGACGAUGGCGAUGAUUUACACCGUGCGGUUGACAAUGAGCGAGAUGGAGUUACUUACAGUUAUUCUUUCUUUCACUUCAUGCUUUUUCUUGCUUCACUUUACAUCAUGAUGACGUUAACCAAUUGGUACAGUCCUGACUCUACCUUUGCAUCAAUAACUAGUAAAUGGCCGCCUGUCUGGGUGAAGAUUUCUUCUAGCUGGAUUGGCAUCAUCCUGUAUGUGUGGACUCUGGUGGCUCCGCUUGUUUUAACAAACCGUGAAUUUGACUAAGCCAAGCAUCUUUUCUGAAGGCUUUUAUUGUUUCGUUGCUUAUUUGAUGCUAAUGCUACUCUGUACUAAGAAAUAAUGUAAAUAUGUGUUUGUGUACUUACUAUCAGCAUAGUUUAGCCUGUCUUUAUUAUGCAUGAUAAUUUUAAAUCAGGUUAUCUUGCCAUUUCAACUACUGUUUCCUACUUGAGCUUGAACAUGAUUGCUGCUAGAUUCAGGGCCAAACUAGAAGUGUCGACAGCAGUUCUACAGGCUUUACUCAACAAAAUGCAAGCGGGAAACAAAAUAGGAAGUUUGCUGUGUUCCACCAGCAGUUGCAUAUUCUGUUAGCAGUUGUUAAAGUGUUUGUGGAGCAACUUGCACUUACCUAGUGUAAUUAAGAUUUAACGAGCUGCAAAAGUGCUGUGGCAAGCAUGUGCAAAAUCAAAGUAUUUGGUUUGUUACUUGCGCAGGGUGGAAGUUCAGCAAGUAGCAGCUGUAGUGUUUUAAUUAAAGAAUUCCCUGAUUUUGUAGAAGUGAGGUAUUUGACCUUUAAAAGCAAAAUGGGUGUGUGGGAUUCACCUGCUUGCCAUUUAUUUCUCCCUUGACAUCUUUGCUUCGAGAGCAGUUCUGAUACUUGAUGGGAUAUGUCUAAGAGGCAGACAAGCAGGGAGAGGAUCUAAGAGAUGAUAAACUUGUAGCAGAAGCAUUUGAUUUCCUCAUCUUUAUGCCUGUUACGCUUUUAGAAUGGGGAUACACACUGAUUUCCACACAAGGGGAUUUUUCCUUUUUUAUUUUUUUUUAACACAUCAAGGGGUAGUCAUUUCAUCUGUAUUGGCCGUUUCUGCUCUAUAUGAGGACUGUGCCAAAAUGGGAAGAACCAUUUCAGUGAUCCUUCAGGGAGAAAAUUAAAAGUAGGAUAUAAAUCUUCUUUAGAGGGACCAGACCAAUUUGAAGAGUCACCAGCAAUGUUACUAGGAUGUGUGGUGCGGUCCUUGCCCUCUUGAUUGCAUGAACAAGGGAGGAUUGGAAAUUAGUAAUCACUAAAUAUAUAUUUUAUCUUAUAAUAGCUGAAGCAGCCAGGUUAAAGGCAUUAGUUUGUUGGGUGAUCCCUGCUCCUCCUUUGAAAAUAUGUUGUGCAAAAAGAGGGAUUGACUUUAAUUUUACAGUGAGAAGAACAAAGCAAGGAUAGUCAGUACAGAUAGACGGCAUUUAUAAUUCAGAAGCUAUUUUUACAGAAUUUUCUCCUUUUAAAAAUUCUACACGAAUAACCAUUCUGUUUAGGACUUGAUAGUUGUCACACAAGCAUCUGAGAAACCAGUUCUUUGCUCCUUGCCAAAAGAGAGUGUUUCUCUACGUGCUGUUUAGUUUAACUACAGGGCUUAUAUUAAAGGACUCUGAAAUGUUCGUAGUUUUACUUAAAAUGGAUUGAAAACCAUGAAUUUUUUAGCCAUGAAAAAUGGUUGCAUUUUUGUACACAUUGUGUUGGAAGUGGAGUGCAGUGUUGGUCCUAUUAAUAAUGCAUGUCAUUGAAGUUAUUUUUGUAUCCACUGAGUUAGGAAAAAAACCCUUUAAGUAUUUAAAUGUAUUAUUAGGCCGCUUGAAAGCAAUUGAAACUGAGGCCUAAGGGUUUCAGGUCCCUCACUCAUAGUAACUAACAUAACGUAGGAAAUGCUGAUAAAAUAUAAAAAACAGGACAAAACAGGUGGGAACAGUACAUUUUUGGCUUAGUGAACAUUAGUUAUUUGCAAGUAAGAAAAAAUGAGACUCAUUUUAAUAAGUUUGCUGGAUGUAUUGACAAGUAUUAAUAUUCUUAAAAACAUUUGCAUUAUGCAGCUGAUAUCUACAGUGACGCCAUUUGAUUUUUCUGCACAAGAUAUUAAAGAACUUUUAAGUAUUUUUAUUUCAUCUCUUGCUACUAGUCCUGUUGGGUGCAGUGCAGGCAGUCUUUACAAGUGCAAAAUCCCAGAACUAUAUACUUAGAAGCUAUUGGUUCUGCUUUGCAAAAUGCUUUGAAAAUACUCAACUUCUGGUUUUUGUUUGAAGCGGAAAUACAUUUAUACAUUGCUACAACUUCAGAUUUCUCCAGUUCAAUUUCAGCUGUAGGUAUCUUCUCCAAAUUCCUGAGCGUUCAUAAUUGUUAACAUUUAUUCAAUUCAUUGUAAUACCCAGAAAGGCUGAUGAAGUUGAACCUAAAUGCAAUUACUGCUUAGUUAUUUUGAGUGUAUAUGCUGUAGCUAUCAAUAAACAUUCAUAUUGGCUAUUUAA